CUGUCUUGUUUUGAAACCAUGACGGUUACACUUUUGGUUCCUAAAUAAAAUUUAAAACAAUUAACAGCCAAGUCACAAAGAUAAAUGGGUUGCACAUAGACUAAGGAAUAAACUUCAGAUUUGUGAUUUUUGUUUCUAAUCUUGAUGUAAAUUUACACUAUUUAUAAAUACAUAUUUAUUGCUUGAAAAUAUUUGUGAAUGGAAUGCUGUUAUUUUUUCCAGAUUACCUGCCAUUGAAAUUUUAAGGAGUUCUGUAAUUUCAAACACUACUCCUAUUACAUUUUCUAUAUGUAAAUAAAACUGCUUAGCAUUGUACAGAAACUUUUAUUAAAAUUGUUUAAUGUUUAAAGUUUUUCUAUUGUUUGAGUUUUAAAAAGAUUUUAUGUACAGUGCCCAGUUUUUGUUCUUUUUUGAAUCUGAUUAUAUAUAUUUUAUAUAUACUCUUGUGCUUGUGUAUAUAUAUAAUAUAUAUAGAAACUCGAAUAUAAAUAUGUGUAUAAAGAUUUAGAGACUAAAUUUUUCUCGUUUUAAGUUUUACAUCUAUGGUAGAUUUGAGGUGUCUACUGUAAAGUAUUGCUUACAAAAGUAUGAUUAUUUUUAAAGAAAUAUAUGGUAUGUAUCCUCAAGACAUAGAAUGACCUUCAGACUGGUUUAUUGUUAAAUUGCACUUUUUGCAAUAACAGACCAAUAAAUAGUUGCUGCCAAAAUGUAGUAGUAGAAAAUAAGUAACGGCUAAAUUUUAAAGCUCUUCAAGAAAAUACCAACUUUGACAGGAAGUUUGGCACUAGUUUUAGAGGAGGAAUGAAGAAGAUUGAGUUUUGGUGGGGAUGUUCUCUAGAUUUCAACCAAAUUGCAACUUAUAUAUUACAAUAUGUUCUAUUAACAAUUUUAAAAGUUAAGACUGAAUCAUCUUGGCGUCAUUGUUGACCCCAAAAAAAGGACGUUGUUUUGUGGUAUUCUAUUGUAUUUUCACAUAUUUUGUAAUACGAAUUCACUGGUAAAUUUUUGAAGCACUAGGUUUAUUUAGGACAAGUUUAUAAUAUAUCAUUGUAACAGUUUGCAGUUUUAAUGAUGGUAUUUAUUUUAAGUUGCUCCUUUCUCAUUAGCUUCUUGAAAAUGCAUUAAAUCUAAAUUUCAAAAUUGAUAGCUUCCUUAUCGAUCAGAGUUGACUGAUGCAGAAGGUUCUGCAUCAAACACUUUCUCAUAAUUUUUCAUUAGUGGGGUAUGUUAGUGGUUGCAUUGUUGAAUUUUUUGUAAUCAAUGUGAAGUGUUCCAGGCACAGAGCAUGCAGAUAGUUCCUUUUUUUUGAACAAGAAGAAUCGCCUCUUAUGUUGUAGCUUCAAACUGAAGGGUGUUUUAAUGAAGAAUCAGCACAGUUUAUCUAAUGCUGUUACAACAGUUUAACCACAGGUAGAGCUGACUUUCUUGCUAGUUCUCACUAGUUGGACAAAAGGGUGUAGAGAUUAAAGAAAAGCAUAAUGAAAUGUUCUUGCCAGCAAAAUUAUCAACUAGCAGUUAGGAAGCCAGUAUUUGCAGUUCUGUAAAGGUGUAAGUCUCAGCUCUUGAUAACAAACUCUACAAAUCAUAAUUUUUUUUUUUACUUAUGUAUUUUAUGCAGUCAUAAAUAUUGUAAUCUUGACAAACCAUGCUGCAACUGAAAAGCUACUCCUUUAAAGUAGUCUUAAACCCAAAUAAAAGCAAGAUACACUUACCUCAACUAAUGGUAAACAGAAGGUCCUCAUUUCUCAGUGCUGUAAAAGAACAUUGCUAAUUAGGGAAAGAGCUACUGUGUGCUAAUCAGAAGGGCUUUGUACCUUUCCUCCCCUUUGGAAAAGAGGAUAUGGCAUUGCCAAGGAAGAAUAUUCAUAUUUUGCCAAUGAGCAAGUAGACCAAAUCAGUAGAACAUCAGGCAGCAUUCCUCAUGCUGUGGGAAGGGUUGUCAUGAAUUGGAAUUGCUGCAGGGCUUUAAUAUUUUGCAGUUUCCACACUUCUUGAUCCCACUCUGCUCCCAAGCAAUGAACAGUUUGGAUCUAUAAGCUGCUAUGAUUUAGAAUGCUUUCGUUUCACCUUAUUAAAAAAGCACAAGUUAAUA